AUGUUCUUCCUACUCCUACUGAUCACCAUGCUUCUGAACCCGUUCCGACCAUGUGAGGGCUCCCCAACCUUCCAUGAGGGAUACCGGAAUAGUAGCUUCGUCCCGGAGGUGAUUGAAACCGUGUUGGGCCGUCAGGUUGUGUCGCCAGAUACUCCUUACGUGGCUGCAGCCGGCACCAAUGCUCUAUACUUCAUCGACACCCGAUUCGACCCUGAGACGGCCCAGCAUAUCAAGCUACAAAUUGAGAAGGCCUCCGUACCGCAACCAGACGAGUACGUCGCCAUUGACGAGAUUGAGGCCACGGCAGCAUUGAAGAACAGGGUGACUGGCGAAACGACCUUCGUGUUCGACCCCCCCUAUGCUCGGGUGCUGUUCGCCAGAGGCAUAAACAGGCACAAUCCGGAUAUCAAACUACCGGAGCAUGAGCCGGCCGGCGACUGGUUGGUGACCUACAACCUGGAUGAUAUCCUGACGACGACAAAGCGUGCCAACAUGUUCUGCUACGAUUAUGGCUGUUAUUCUACCCAAGACUGCGUACGCCAAACCAAUGGCAACUGUAAUGUCUGUCACGAGUAUCGGGUGGACAACGAGUGUGACAGCCUGCUGCCAAAUGCCAUCGGUAUAUGUCACCCAAAGCUCUGCUCGAAGGCUGUCGACACCCCCAAGGAAGAUGGAGAGAUGGACGCCAGUUACUAUCAGCGCAUGGACAAGCUGCACUGGGGAGCCCACGAAGACCAGUGA